AUGGAUGAGAUGUUCGAUGUUUUCGAGGGCAAGGUGGACGCCCCUAGCGAAGACGAGACUGUGUCGCAAAAGAGCCGCAAGGACGACAAGACGAAGAAGAGAAAGGCCAACGCGAUAAAUGGCGAGAACGGCGACGCGGCAACAAGGACCGAAGAUGUCGAUAUGGACAACAACACCACAGAGGAGUCCAAGGAUGAGGAAUCUUCCGACGAAGAGUCUUCCGAAGAGAGCGCUAGCCAGCAGGAUGCCAAGAGAAGGAAGAAGGAGGAAGGUGUAGGACCUGUCAUGACUGAUACUUUUCAGACUGCCGAGUCAAGAGAGGUUGCUGGCGCGGCCACUUUCACAGAGCAGGAUUCAUCUCUCGUUUUGUCGCACAACAUUCAACAUCAGGUCGCCUUACCCCCAGAUUUGGACUAUGAAUACGUUCCUCUUUCCGAGCACAAGGCCCCCGAGCAACCCGCGCGAACAUGGGACUUCAAGCUCGAUCCUUUCCAGAGUCUUUCCGUGGCGUCCAUUGAGCGCGAGGAAAGUGUUCUUGUUUCUGCGCAUACUUCUGCCGGAAAGACUGUUGUGGCUGAGUACGCUGUCGCGCAAUGUUUGAAGCGCAACCAGAGAGUUAUUUACACAAGUCCUAUCAAGGCCUUGAGUAACCAAAAGUACCGAGACUUCGAGUCUAUCUUUGGAGAUGUUGGUCUUAUGACUGGUGAUGUUACUAUCAACCCCACAGCAAGUUGCUUGGUUAUGACUACAGAGAUUUUGCGAUCUAUGUUGUAUCGAGGUUCUGAGAUCAUGCGAGAAGUUGCCUGGGUUGUUUUCGACGAGAUUCACUACAUGCGAGACAAGACGAGAGGUGUCGUCUGGGAGGAGACCAUCAUUAUGCUUCCCGACAAGGUCCGAUACGUCUUCCUUUCUGCCACCAUUCCCAACGCUUUCCAGUUCGCCGAAUGGAUUGCCAAGAUCCACCACCAGGCCUGUCACGUCGUAUACACCGAUUUCCGACCAACUCCUCUUCAGAACUACUUCUUCCCUGCCGGUGGUAGUGGCGCCAGACUUAUCGUCGACGAGAAGAGCAACUUUAACGAGCAGAAUUUCAACAAGGUUAUGCAGGAAGUUGAGGAGAAGAAGGGAGCUGAUCCCAACGACCCUAACGCUCGACAGAAAGGAAAGGGCAAGAAUAAGAAGACCAACAAGGGUGGCGCUGACAAUGGCUCGGAUAUUGCCAAGAUUAUUCGAAUGACCAUCAAGAAGAAGUUCAACCCUGUUAUCGUUUUCAACUUCAGCAAGCGAGAGUGUGAGAAUAUGGCCAUGAACAUCUCUACUCUUAGCUUCAACGACGAUUCUGAAAAGGCCAUGGUUCGCCAUAUCUUUGGCAAUGCUGUUCAGAGUUUGUCGGAGCAGGACAGAGACCUCCCUCAGAUUAUCAACUUGCUUCCCCUGUUGGAGCGUGGUAUUGGUGUCCAUCAUUCUGGUCUGCUGCCUAUUCUCAAGGAGGCCAUUGAGAUUCUCUUCCAGGAGUCUCUGAUCAAGGUUCUCUUCGCCACUGAAACCUUUUCCAUCGGUCUCAACAUGCCUGCCAAGACUGUCGUUUUCACCCAAGUUACCAAGUGGGAUGGCGUCAAGAGACGUCCUCUCACUUCGUCCGAGUACAUUCAGAUGGCCGGUCGUGCUGGACGUCGUGGUCUCGAUGCCCGUGGUAUCGUCAUCAUGAUGAUCGACGACAAGCUUGAGCCCGACACUGCCAAGGAGAUUGUUACAGGACACCAGGACCGACUCAACUCUGCCUUCUACCUCGGUUACAACAUGAUUCUGAACCUUCUCCGUAUUGAGGCUAUCUCACCCGAGUUCAUGUUAGAACGAUGUUUCCACCAGUUCCAGAACGCUGCUAGUGUCCCACAAUUGGAGAAGGAGUUGAUGUCGUUGCAACAAGAGCGUGAUAGCACCAGCAUCGCCGAUGAGUCCACCGUCAAGGACUACUACCAGAUUCGACAGCAACUUAGCGCUUACACCAGGGAUAUGCGAACCGUCAUUCAGCAUCCCAACUACAGUAUCUCGUACCUUCAACCCGGCCGUCUGGUUCAAAUCUACAACCCUAAGGACGAGAAUGAGACUAUCGCUGGCAAUGGAACCGACUUCGGCUGGGGUGUCAUCGUCAACCAGACUCCUCGUCGUGCACCUAAACUCAACGAGCCCGAGCACAUUCCCCAGGAGGCUCAUGUCAUCGAUGUUCUCCUUCCUAUCUCAAGGUCUAGCGCCGACUUCCCUUCAGGACAGCCCGCCGAUGAGAUGCCCCCCGGAAUCAAGCCUUGCAGUGACGAGGAAGACAUCAAGUUCGCGGUCGUCCCUUGCCUUUUGACCUGCAUCAAGGCCAUCAGCCAGAUCCGACUCUUUAUGCCCAAGGAGGGUCUGAAGAGCGAUAGUGAAAGGGAUACGCUCACUAAGUCGCUUAUGGAGGUCAAGCGUCGUUUCCCCGACGGUCUUCCUGUGUUGGAUCCCAUCGAGAACAUGGAGAUCACUGAUGAGUCUUUCAAGAAGCUCCUGCGAAAGAUUGAGGUCCUUGAGUCUAGACUUUUGGCCAACCCUCUUCAUCUUUCCCCUCUUCUUCCUUCUCUGUGGGAUCAGUACCACGCCAAGGUCAAGCUCACCGAGAAGGUCAAGGAGACAAAGAAGUCAAUCGCCAAGGCUUACAGUAUUGCCCAGAUGGAUGAGCUCAAGUCGCGCAAGCGUGUUCUGCGUCGUCUGGGCUUCAUCAACGACUCCGAGGUCGUCCAGCUUAAGGCCCGUGUCGCUUGUGAGGUUUCCUCUACAGAGGGUCAUGAGCUUCUCCUUUCCGAGUUGCUCUUCGACCGAUUCUUCAACGAGCUUAGCCCAGAAAUGUGCGCCGCCGUUAUGAGUUGCUUCAUCUUCGAUGAGAAGGUUGAGGCCCCUGCGCUCAAGGAGGAGCUCCAGAAGCCUUACCGCGAGAUUCAGGCCAAGGCCCGUAUCAUCGCCAAGGUCAGCCAGGAGUGCAAGCUUGAUGUCAACGAGGAGGAAUACGUGCAGAAGCUCAAGUGGCAGCUCAUGGAGACGGUUUAUACCUGGGCCCAAGGAAAGCCAUUUAUCGAGAUUUGCAAAAUGACAAAUGUUUACGAAGGCUCAUUGAUUCGUCUCUUCCGUCGUUUGGAAGAGCUUCUGCGACAGAUGGCCCAGGCCGCCAAGGUCAUGGGCAACGACGAUUUGACCAAGAAAUUUGAGGAGAGUUUGAACAAGAUCCGCAGAGACAUUGUUGCUGCCCAAAGUCUGUACCUAUAG